AUGGAUGGCUAUUGUUACGCUUGCUUUUUGAGUAUAUUCUGCAUAUUAUCAAACCGGUCGGAUGGAUUUCAGCGUUUCCAGGGCACUAUUGGCACGACUAAUCACGCUGCUGACCUAAUCUUCAUCCUCGCUCUACUUCCGCCUGCCCGUCGUUGUGGUUGUGGUUGUGAUUGUCGUUGUGCCGGGCGCAUCGAUCAAGAGUGCGCUCUGUGCAGCGGCAACGUGACCGUCUACCUGUCAGUCGGGCUGCCAACACCGCCGAGUUCACACUUGUCUCCGGCCGUCCCGCCGAGCGGGCAGCAGCAACAGAAGGACCAACUGCAGGCGAUCUCUGCCUGCAUGACGGCCAGUGAACGGGCCGACUCCAUCUCCGCCCAGCGACAGGAGCAUUUGACCCGUCUUGUCGGCGGCAUCUUUGGCGGAGUGGCGCUCACCUGUCUCAUCUGCUGUCUGCUGGCACAACUGCGCCAGUGGAUACGACUCUGUCGCCAACGCCGAAUACGCCAGUUGCAGACUCACGCGGCCGUGACAACGUCGGCCGGUGGCGACGACGAGGCGCAGGCCGGGCGCGGCCAAACGGCGUCGCAACGGGCCUCCUUUGCUCGUGGCGACAGACGGUCGGAGACGGCCGAUUUGGCUCGCCUCGAGAACGGACGCAUUGGGCUCUCGGGUCCCGAGGCCUCUUCGGCCGAUGCCGUUUCCGGGUAG